GAAAAAGCGAGUGCCGCAUUGAGCCAGUACUACGACGUUGGCAACGUGCAAUGAGCUCCAACUUCCGUACGGACUGCUUCUAUAAUCUCACCACGGAGCAACGUGUUGACCUCUUCAAGCGCCGACAAGGUCUUCGCAUCGACAAUGUGUUUCGGAAAUAUUUUGGAUGGUUUGUCCUACCACUCGCUCUUAUUGGAGCCAUACUUGUCACGCUUUUCAUCAUAACAGUAUACCAGGCCAUAAAAGCUCGUCGCGUCAGCCGAAAGUGCUACAUACUGCUACUCAAUCGAGCGAUUGGAGAUCUUUUCAGCUGUCUAGUAGCUCUGGUCGUUUGUGCAUAUGUACUACUAUGGCAAGAAAUAAACCGCGACAUGGUCAUUCUUAUGGAGACAUUCUUUAUCGGAUCCUUUUGGUCUGCUAUGGUCUCCUAUGUAGCUCUUUCCGUACUAAAGCUGUUUGCGGUAUGGAGACCUUUUCACUAUCGAAAAUGGUUUACAAUGAAACGAUGCAUCAACGUCAUAAUUUUGAGUUGGGUGGUGUUCAUUCUCAUGAUCAGUUACACCCUCGGCGUUUCUGCUUUGGUCAAAAUUCCGGCACUGAAUGAAUGGUCCGGAUGUAAAAUGGAGAGCUGUAUCAGAGCUAUGUACAGAUCUCGAAAUCUUGUCACAAUUGGAGUGUAUUUCUUCACCAUAAUAGUCUUCGUCAUAACUGUGUUGUUGAUUAGACGAGCGCAGAGGUUCGUCGACUCAUUCAAAAACAGGGAUUCAAACAAUUCCGAAGGAGGACGUCGAGUGAGAUUUCCACUCUGGAAACUCGCUUUGAAUGUUGCUACAUUCGCUAUCCUCUAUCUGUUAUAUGUCAUUUGGUGCAUCGGUCUGUUACUCAACACUGACCAGUGCUAUUUCCAACGCAAUUACCCAGAAAUGAUGAGAUUGUUGGGUAUUGUGCGGUUUGGUCUACUGCUGCGUAUCAUAGUCGAUCCAAUCUUAUCAUUCCUCACUGAUUUCCAGAUUCGGCGCGGAUUCCUGGUUCUGAUUGGUAUAAAUAGCCCUCUCAGCUUUGGAUCAUCAAGGAUCUUCCAAAGAUCCACAUGCUCUGAUUCUAUCGGAGAAAACCAAGGAAAUGCGAUUCAGAGGAAUGGACGUAGUCAAACCGUCCAGACCAUUUCAACUGUAUCAGCUCCUACUACUAUAAAGUUUUAA